CUAUCACGUUUCUUGUGUACACAAUGUCAUGUAUUUCGUCAACCUCCUUGUCAGGAGAGAAUGUAAAACAGGGAGGUAGCAGACCGAAUUCUUUUGCUAGACGUGACGCAUUACUGCCUGACGGGGGUGUGAGUAUUCUUGUCUCAUGAUGACGCUAGCUGUUUAGAACGUUUACUUGUACAUCGUUUCCUGACAACCGAUUUACCUGACCAAAUAUAGUCAGGGGGCAUUUGAAAGGUUUCAUCACGACUUUUAUCUCAUCCGCACUUAAUGACUAUAGCUAGCUAUAUGUGGCAUCGGAAUUACCCAGCACUUUGCAAAUAAAGGUUUUUCUCAGUCUACUUCCUCCCGUGAUGCAACGGAAACUUCUCAACUCAUUAUUUUACCUACAGUACGCACACACACACACACGCACACUUUGUUUAAGCAAACGUUGCUUUGCGGCUUGCCAUAUUUUGUUGCGGUUUCCAGAUAAAACGAUGUGGCGUUCUUUCGUUCUCCUGCCUUUCCUUUUAGCAGGCAACCUUGUUCUUUCGUUCAACCUGUCUAUCCUGCACACCAACGAUGUCCACUCCCGUAUCGAGGAGACCAAUGCGUUCGGCGGCAGGUGCCGGCCGGGCCGACCUUGUUUCGGAGGAGUCGCCCGCCUGGCCAGCAAAGUUCGAGAAGUCCGGAGUGUUGACGAUAACGUGCUUUUGCUUGAUGCCGGCGACUGGUUUCAGGGGACGCUAUGGUACUACUUCUUUAAGAGCUCCGUCUUGGCACAUUUUAUGAACGCACUGCGGUACGAUGCCAUGACUAUCGGCAACCACGAGUUUGACGACGGAGUGGGAGAACUGGGCGCUUUUCUCAGAGAGGUGAACUUUCCUGUAGUGAGCGCCAACAUAAACGCCAGCAGGGAACCAGAGCUUCGAUCUCUCUUCAGCCCUUCAGUCGUCCUGAACGUGAGCGGAGAAUAUCUCGGCAUUGUUGGCUACACGACUACAGAUACACCCUUUAUCUCCGACCCGGGAGAUAAUGUGGUGUUUACCGCGCUUGUGGAGUCGGUGCAGGCUGAGGUAGACAAACUACUGGACCAGGGAAUCAACAAAAUCAUUGCCUUAGGGCAUGCAGGAAUAUUCGUGGACCAGGAAGUGGCCUCACGUGUGCGUGGAGUGGACAUCGUGGUUGGAGGACACACCAACACAUUCCUAUACACAGGUCCACCUCCAUCGACAGAAGAGCCUUAUGACGUGUACCCUAUCGCUGUGUACCCGGACCACGACCCCACCAGCCCCGUACUAGUGGUGCAGGCGUACGCCUUCGGGAAGUACCUGGGACACCUCAGGGUGACCUUUGAUGACGACGGUAAAGUUAGGCAGUGGGACGGGAACCCAAUUCUUUUGGACGACACAGUCCCGAAAGAUGCCAACAUCUCCGCCGAAGUGGCCAGGCUGGCGGCACAACUCGCCAACAAGACGGAGCAGUCGGUGGGGACAACACAAGUGGUCCUUGGCGGGGAAUGUGAUUUUGGGGAGUGCAACAUAGGUAACCUGAUCACAGACUCCAUGGUUCACCACAACAUCAAACAUCCAGACGAAACCAGCUGGAACGAUGUCGCCAUUGCCGUCCUGAACUCAGGCGGCAUCAGAUCCGUCAUAGACCAAGGUUCUAUCACUGUGGGAGACAUUGUCGGAUGCAUCCCCUUCAUGAACACCAUAGACAUCGUGGAGUUACGCGGGGAGGAUGUGUUCCGCAUGCUGGAGCACUCAGCAAGCCUCAUCGGUCACCCAAGGUUCCUGCAAGUUUCUGGUCUUCGCGUCGUGUACGACAGUAACAAGGCACCCGGUGAGAGAGUGGUGAAAGUAGACGCACGCUGCAGCACAGGCUGCCUCAUCCCAGAGUUCCGCCCGCUCGACCCCGCCGCCAGCUACAAGAUCAUCAUGCCGACGUUCUUGGCAAACGGCGGGGACGGAUACAACAUGAUAGCCGAGAACAAGACAGCUCACUAUAUACCAGGUGACCUUGACACGGACAUCCUGAUUGAGUACAUCACGGCCACCUCGCCUGUGUCUGCCGGGCUGGAAGGACGUAUUCAAGUUAUCAACUCAACCCACGAGCCACAGCAGCCAUGUCCAACCACAGCGACAUCUUCCACUGGUCACUUCUCACAACAGAGCCUGAUUUCGACUUCGAGGGCAAACCUGACCACAUCAUCCCCUUAGCUGUGGGAAUCCCUGUAGCUGUGCUUCUAACCGCCGCUGUCAUAGCCUGUGUGGUUAGGUAUGUGAAGAGAAGUAGAAACAACCUCACUAUGACAGAUGGUAGCUAUGGCAUGGCUAAUGCAAACCCAGUUUUUGCCAUGGAGAAGGGGAGAAAUGGCUAAAAUAACAUAAAUGUACAACUAAAAAGGCCACCACAAUUUAACAUCAUCACCUUUCUUUAUUUCCAUCCAAAGAAAUGUGUUGGGGCAAUCAGACUAGGCCUUUACUAUACAGUAUGUAUGAUCAAUGUCAAAACGUGUUUCCUUAUUUUAUUUUGUGGUUUGCUGCACACUGAACAGUGGAUGUGGAGUUUGUAUAUUUGGGUACUAUGUGUGUAACUUUUGUGGUUAGGUCAACUCUAAUGUUCUACUUUAUCUAUGUAUUUUGAUUUACCUAUUGCAUAAUUAUUCUAGACGGUCAUUUUGCUUUGUAUAAAUUAUGCAGUUGAUGUUGUGACAUGUAUAUAUAUAUAUGAAUAUAUAUAAUAUAUACGCAUUCAAUGUAAGGGCUAGGGUUUAUUCUAAGUAAAUUUGUUACUUCUAUUCAUAAUUAUAUAACAAUGACAUCUGGCUCACGAUUUCAAGUACAAUAUAUAGGUUCUAUUUAAACAAAAACAAAGAAAAAGAACUAUAGCAAACAGACGGGUGUUUAUGAGUAAAAGAAAAGUCAUUGUGGCCAAUCUUUCAGGUCACACAACUAACUUACAUAUAGAAGGCUGUCUUCAGUGUUACAAUCAUUUUAUGUUACUCGAAUUGAAUCUCUAAGUCUACUAUCGAUCAAGAUCAAUAAAACAGCUACAAUUAUCAGUGAACAAAAAUGUAUCAUUGUCAUAUUAUUGCAUUUUCUUUAUAUUUUGUCAGAUCCAAGUCAAAAGACCAUAGUAUUAAGCUACUAUAUUAUAGUUUCUAUUGCAACUAAGAGCAAAAUAAUUAAAAUAAUGCCUAUUGUCUACUUUUGUGCUAUCAAAACAUUAUAAUCUAAUUGAUGCUGAAAUGUAAAUCUUGCUUGAAGGCAAUAAAAUCCAUUCACAGAA